GAAAAAAUCACGCCAGCCCAGAUACUGACCUACCUUCUACUCAUUUGCAUACUAUGGUCAACAACCGCCUCGGACAUUCAAAAUCUCGGUUGGGAUGUAUAAGGUGUAAGAAAAGACACGUGAAAUGUGACGAAAAACGACCUUGUUCGAGCUGCGUAAAACACGAGGUUCUUUGCAGCUUGGUCUCAACAACUGCUAGUCUGCAAGACCCUGAAAGGGGGUCAAGUGGUAGCCCGAGGACGCGAGAGCAGCCAUCCAUUCAACAGACUAAAUUCAUCAGAAUUCGAAACCUGAUUCAGAGUCUCUCUGGCGAGAUCGACCUGCUUGAUGAGGACAAGAACAUCACAUCUCAAACAAAAGAUGAUAGCAUCUGCCAUGAGCAGUAUCUUCAGGACCUCCGGCUAAUGCACCAUUUCACCAUUUCCGCAGCUCUGACUGUUGCCGAUGACCAUUCCCUCCGGGAGGCUUGGCAGAUCACCAUCCCGGAGCUUUCAUUCUCUUGUGAUGGCCUCCGCCAUGACAUUCUAGCCUUUUCAGCCCUGCAUCGCGGACACCUUUUUCCGAAGGAAAAAGAAUUAUGGUCCGCUGCAGCGCAACGACAUCUGGAUGCUGCCGCGGUGACCCAGAUACGUUCCUCCAGUCGGGGCACCAUCGAAGAUGCAGACUGUUACUUCGUACACACCCUUCUCAAGUUUUCAAUAGAGACCUACCGCAUAGCCCAGUCGCCUCAGCCGGUCAACCUCUCUAAUGUUUUGCUGUCCUUCACACCAUUGCAAGAAUUAAGAUCCAUUUUAUUAUCUGAUGUCGGCCAAGGCCUCGGUAAAGGGGCGCUCGCAUCAUUGUUCGACACUGGCAUCGAGCACUUGCCUCCUCUCAGCGAAGAAUUGGAGCUUACCUCUCAGCUCUCGCAACUUGAGAAGCUCUGUCGAGGAGAUACAGGCCUGAAGGUGACAGUAGAAGUUUCCAAGGUCUGUCUUGCAGCGCUGGAGAUUCUGGACAUGACUUGCCGGUCAAUGGUCACGCCACUGAAGAACCGUGGUGUCAUAUGGUGCUGGCCAUUCUUCUUUCCGAGUGACUUCCUGCAUCUACUGUCUUCUGGGGAACCUUUUUCAUGUGUCCUACUAGUACACUAUGCGGCGUUGGUACGGGUCAUGGAGGAUGACUUCUGGAGAGAACUAGCUGUCUAUGAGGUGGCCAGCGGCUAUACAUCCACUACUUCCGAUACCACAUCCGUGCAGACUUUGCCUGCCGUAUCUUCCGCUGUAGUUGCAAAAUUCCAUACAUCAACGCCUCGCUCGUCGGCGGGCACCCCGGAACGUAGAUAUCUACUGUUGAAAGGUGCAUCAUCUCGACUGCGCAACAAGCGAGUCCGAAGGUCAUCGGCCACAGCGAGCUUUGGCGUACCCAACUGGCAAUUGAGUCAAGAGAAGAUCUGGAAUAUUGGAACCUGUGAGCAGGCUGAUGAAGGCGAAGUUAAGCGGCGUUUUUGUGGAGGGUUCGUCGGCUUGAUGGCAGUGAACCGAGAAAGCCCCUAUACGGGCCGUUACUUCGAGGUCGUAUUGGACUUCCAAUACGAUGCCGACUUAAUCUUAAUCUUAUCUAGGGACAGCAAAGAAUUUGAGAGCCGACGAUCAGUAACCAGCGAAAGUAUCGGUAAAAACCCCAGCAAUCGGAUGUCUCUUUCUGCUGAGCGUGCUUAG